GAGAGAGAAGGAUAAAAUUGUCAAACUGUCUUUCAUUUCAAAAUUUGAUUGAACCGGCGGUUUGGUCGAGGAAAAGGAAUAAACCCAUUGGAAUCAAAAUGAGUGGGAACCCAACGGUAGAGUGGGUACUCUAUCGUCACUGCGCUAUUUCCCAUCCGCCAAACGCUUUUUUCUCCAUUGGAACUUCCUCUCGGCGAAAAUGGUGGUAGCCCGGCAGGAGUUGUCGUACGAGGAAUGCCGCCGAAAACGAGUGGAAGAAAACAAGAAAAGAAUGGAGGCUCUCAAUCUCCCCCAGCUCUCUCAAGCUCUUCGUACCCCAUCCUUCAAACCCUCUCCGAGAAAACAGGUGAAACCUCGGACGGGCGAAAAACAAUUGGUUGUGGUUAGGAGAUCGAGUCGUGUCGCUAACAAACCCGCCCCUGUUUACCAUGAAGUUCUUGUGGAAAAGGUGAUCAUACCUAGAAGAAGGGUAUCUAAGCACAGGGAUUUGUCAAACCGGGUGUAUGCUUCGGAUGAAGCCAGGGCUGAGGCCUUGGAGAAAGCAGAAAAAUUGGAAUCUGGUUUAGAGCCUGAUUUUCCUACCUUGACAAAGUCGAUGCUUCAAUCACAUGUUACUGGUGGAUUUUGGCUGGGCCUUCCAGUCCACUUCUGCAAGAGAAACCUUCCAAAACGUGAUGAGGUUAUGACCUUGAUAGAUGAAGAAGGUCAAGAGUAUCCAGCAAUAUAUUUGGCUAGAAAAACAGGACUCAGUGGUGGAUGGAAAGGGUUUGCGGUUGCUCACAAGUUGGUAGAUGGGGAUGCAUUAGUUUUUCAGUUAGUUCGACCUACAACAUUUAAGGUUUACAUUAUAAGGGUGAAAGGUUCUGAACAAAGUAACAAGUUAUAAGCUUCAAACAGUUUGGACGUUGGAGUCAUGGCAGCAGAGUCAAAUUUGGGUAAUCAAUUUGGAUGAAUAUCUACUAAAGUUAUAUAAUCAUCGAUGUUUCUUAAUAUCUUGAGUUUUAUAAUGCUAGUUAGGUGAUGAUUAGCAUCAAAUAUUCAACACUUAUUAUCUAAUUAGAGUACGUGCAAUAGAAUCUUGAUAAGGACAUCCAUUUUGGAAUCCUCUGCUUUUUCUUAAAACUCGCAAAAUGUGCAAUAUGUUGCAUACUUUGUUAGUCUUCUGGGGUUGGGACCCACUUGAACUCCA